AAAAAAAUCUCCGAAACGUUAUUUAACACAGAAGAGAUCACAAACUAAUUUAAGGAACAAAACAACUCUUUUCUUUUAAAAGAUGGGGAAUUGUAUAGUAAUGGAGAAGAAAGUUAUAAAGAUAAUGAGAAAUGAUGGAGAAGUAGUUGAAUACAAAGGACCCAUGAAGGUUCAUGACAUCCUCACCCAAUUCUCUGGUCACUACUCUCUCUUUGAUUCACUGUCAAACAAUUGCCAUCUUCAUCCGCAAGCCAAGCUUCUCUGUGGUCGUCUCUACUAUCUUAUGCCGAAGCAGACGACCACAAGCAAGCACAAGAAUGCCAAGAAGAAGAAAGUCAGGUUUGCAAAUCCAGAGGUAAAGAAAGAAGGAACAGAUAAAGGUGACAACACUAAGGAGAGUCCUAGUGUUGUGAGAGUGAAGAUGGUUGUGAGCAAGCAAGAGCUCGAGAAACUGCUUCAAGGAGGUUCAGUUCAUGAAGUGGUCUAUAGGAGUCUUGAUAAGCAGCAUGUGUGUCAUGAUGAUGAUGAUGCUACUGAUGAGUGUCUUAGAGGCUGGAGACCUUUGCUAGAUAGCAUUCCAGAAUCUGAUUAGCCUCUAGCAUGUCCAUAUCUUACAUAUAUAUAUAUAUGACACAUACAUAGAUAUAUACAUAGAUAACAUAGCUCAAAGCUUGUUCAAGAGAGGAAACAAAACAUGUAAUUCCCAGGUUCCAAUGGUGUGACAUAAAAGAAAGCUACUUUUCUUAGAAAGUUUGUAUUAAAAACCCAAAAAUGUGAGAUGUUAUGUUGAAUUUUCC